AUGGACACUUUGUUUCCAUUGUACGUGUUUGUCUUGUUCGCUUUGUACAUUGGCCACGUCGUUGCAGUCGAAAACUUUGUUACCGCUGAAGUGAUGUUCAGUCUCUAUGACGAUACGAUAAAGGUUCCUUACGAAGGAGUAAGUCAGACACUGAUUUAUUUCGAGCAGAAAGGCAUCGUUGAUUUUCGGCCGAUUCUACUGGACGACAAACACAACCAAGUCAUAGUUGGAGCCAGAGAUCACGUCUUUCGCCUGAACGAGCAAUCGCUAGCACCGCUUGAGAAGUUUGAGUGGUUGGCGUCGUCGGACAGCGUUGAAGCUUGUUUAAUGCGAUGGUCAGACAAAUUCGAUUGUCGAAACUUCAUUCGUAUGUUAAUAAUGAAAGACGACAGUUCGUUGCUGAUCUGCGGCACGAACGCCUUUUCUCCAGCUUGUAUGUGGCGGAAUGCUAAUGGCUUAUCCGCCAGCGUCCAAGAUCCAUUCAACGGCAUUGGGUAUGUCCCCUUCAGUCCGCGUUACGAUCACACGUACCUUUUCUCUCGCGAAAACCAUUUGUACACGGGCGUCGGUAUAGAUACUAGUGGUGACGAUUCGUCGUUCCUGCGAAUGAUGCCUGAUGGCCUCUUUCUUCGGAUUGAAAAGGCGAACAGCCUUUCUCUUAAUGAGCCAGUGUUCGUUGCUGCUUUCGACGUUGAUCCCUUUGUCUACUUCUUCUUUCGUGAAACUGCAAUGGAAGUACUCAGUUCUGGAAAAGUGACAUAUGCGCGAAUUGCCAGGGUGUGUAAGAAUGAUAUAGGCGGAACAAUACGGCUUCACGGAUAUUGGACAACUUUUACGAAGGCUCGUUUGGUCUGCGGUGUUAGCGAAUCUGAUUCGUUGAAUUUUGUACGUGCCGUGGAGUACGUGGAAGAAGAACAGUCGUUUUAUGCCAUUUUUACAUCAUCCGAGUAAGC